GUAUUUUGAGUAAAAUACAUAUGCACGCUGUUGUAGCGUUACAUAUGUAAACAGAAUUAUGUUAACAUCGGUACAAAAAAUUACUCUCCAUGGGAGGAAAAGACAAAAGAUAAAGAUAAACUUCCAUCGCCGCCCUUGCUGAUAAGAAAAUCUUGUCUUUUAUGAAUAUUUCACAGAUAGUUCCAGCAUCGGAGUUGAUAAAUAAACUGUAUAUUGACUUAUUUUCAUAUGUGGCUGAUAUAGAAUUUGUGAUAUGAUAGACUACCGAGAUUUGCAUGAACGUCUAGUUCAGGUUGGCCAGGAACAUUUAUUGAAAUUCUGGAGCGAAUUAAACGAAAAUGAACGUGAGCAACUUAUACAUGACAUAGAAGAAUUGGAUUUGAACGAAUUGAAACUGUAUUUUGAUCGUGCCACUAUAUCUUUAAACCAAAAUGCUUUGAAACUUGAUGAUUGCUUGCAACCAAUUCCGGAUCAUAGUUUGAUUAGUAUCAAUCGAACGUCGGAGGAACAACUUUCUGCCUACCGUGAGCAAGGACUGAAACAAAUUUCUGAGGGUCAUGUUGCUGUGCUGUUAAUGGCAGGAGGACAAGGUACUCGAUUGGGAUUUGCUAAUCCCAAAGGCAUGUUUAAUGUAGGUUUACAAUCCAAUAAAACGCUGUUUUGCAUUCAGGCUGAACGCAUACUACGGCUACAGGAGUUAGCAGCAGAAAUAACCGGCAAAAAGGGUAUAAUUACAUGGUAUAUAAUGACUUCGGAGCACACAAUUAAACCCACAUACGAUUACUUUACGGCCAACAAUUAUUUGGGAUUGCAGAAGGAGAAUGUGAUAUUUUUUGAACAAGGUUCUUUACCAUGUUUCGAAUUCGAUGGUAAAAUUAUCUUGGAUCAAAAACAUCGAAUCGCUAGGGCUCCAGAUGGCAAUGGCGGCAUUUACCGAGCUUUAAAACAACAGGGAAUUUUGGAUGAUAUGGAGAAAAAGGGAAUACUCUAUUUGCAUGCUCAUAGCGUUGAUAAUAUUUUAACUAAAGUGGCAGAUCCAGUUUUUAUAGGAUAUUGCAUGCAGGCAAAUGCAGACUGCGCAGCCAAAGUAGUAGAAAAGUCGGCUGCUAAUGAGGCAGUCGGCGUUGUGGCAAUCGUAGAUGGUAAAUAUCAAGUGGUCGAAUAUAGCGAGAUAUCAACAAAGACCGCCGAACUUCGUAAUGCUGAUGGUCGUCUAACAUUCAGUGCCGGUAAUAUUUGUAAUCAUUUCUUUACGGCCGAAUUUUUGCGAAAAGUUGGAAACAUAUACGAACGGGAAUUGAAAUUGCAUGUGGCUAAGAAGAAAAUACCUUUCGUAGAUAAUUCAGGCAAACGUAUCACCCCAGAAAAGCCAAAUGGCAUAAAAAUCGAAAAAUUCGUUUUUGAUGUGUUUCAAUUCGCCGAGAACUUUGUCGCUAUGGAAGUGCCACGCGAUGAGGAAUUUAGUGCUUUAAAGAAUUCGGACUCCGCCGGUAAGGAUUGUCCUUCAACUGCACGGGCUGAUUUACAUCGAUUGCAUAAGAAAUACAUUGAAGCGGCUGGUGGAGUGGUGCACGGCGAUCAGUGUGAAAUUUCCCCCUAUGUAAGUUAUGCUGGAGAAAACCUAUCAAUUGUCAAAGGCAAAUCUUUUACAACGCCUUUGCAUUUGUCGUAUCCACUCUCUAGCGGUAAAAUAUAAAAUUAAAAAGAGUUAGUUCAAAUUUUAUAUUUUAUACUAUGUUAAUGAAGAUUUGAUUUACCCCAAAUUCUAAAUACUAUAUAUAUAUAUAU